AUGCCCAGGAAGAAGGUCGGCGCCGGGCUCGGAGCCGGGGCCAACGUGGCGGCGGCCUGGGAGCAGCAGAGCUCGGGCAACUGGACGACGGCGGCUGGUGCGGCUGGGGCCCGGGGCGGCCCCCCGAGGAAGGCGUGGGGCGGCGCGGCCGCGGGCAGGAAGCGGGAGCGGCCCGAGUGGGGCAGCUCCAGCGGCGGCGGCAGCAGCGGCGACGAGGACGGUCUGGCUGAGCUGGACGGCGGCAGCCUCGGCCCCGGGGCCAAGCGGGCGGCCAAGCCGGCGCCGCUGGGCAAGGCGGGGGCGGGACAGGCCGUCAUCAUUGCGGAGCCAGAGCACACCAAGGAGCGGAUAAUACUUGAAGGCUCUAAGUGCAGAGGGCAGCUUUUGAUUUUGGGGGCCACCAGCUGGGACCUCAUUGGUCGGAAGGAAGUGCCUAAACAGCAAGCUGCUUACCGCAACCUGGGGCAGAACUUGUGGGGGCCUCACAGGUACGGCUGUCUCUCCAGGGUUCAGGUGCCGACGGUGGUCUCUGGGCCCUGUGCUGCUCAUAGUCUGCUCAUCACCACGGAACGGAAGCUGUGGAGCUGGGGUCGAAAUGAGAAGGGGCAGCUUGGACAUGGUGAUACCAAGAGAGUGGAGGCCCCCAAACUCAUCAAAGUCCUCAGCAAGGAAGUAAUUGUGUCCGCCGCAUGUGGGAGGAACCACACUCUGGCUUUGACAGAAACUGGCUCUGUGUUUGCAUUUGGAGAGCACAAGAUGGGGCAGCUUGGCCUUGGCAACCAGACCGAUGCAAUCCCCAGCCCUGCACAGAUAAUGUACAAUGGCCAGCCAAUUACCAAAAUGGCUUGUGGGGCUGAAUUCAGCAUGAUAAUGGACUGCAAAGGAAACCUCUACUCCUUUGGGUGCCCUGAAUAUGGUCAGCUGGGACACAAAUCUGACGGGAAAUUCAUUGCCCGGGCUCAGAGGAUAGAAUAUGACUGUGAGCUGGUCCCACGCCGAGUAGCCAUCUUCAUUGAAAAGACAAAAGAUGGACAGAUUUUGCCAGUCCCCAACGUGGUGGUCCGAGAUGUUGCCUGUGGCACCAAUCACACGCUGGUUCUAGACUCUCAGAAACGUGUAUUUUCUUGGGGGUUUGGAGGAUAUGGCCGACUGGGCCACGCAGAGCACAAGGAUGAGAUGGUCCCUCGCCUGGUGAAGCUCUUUGAUUUCCCGGGCCGUGGAGCAGCGCAAAUCUAUGCGUUCGCCGUCAGUGAAGUUGGUGGCCUGUUUUUCUGGGGUGCUACCAACACUUCUCGGGAUUCCACCAUGUAUCCCAAAGCUGUUCAAGACCUCCGUGGCUGGAAAAUUAGAAGCUUAGCUUGUGGGAAAAGCAGUAUUAUUGUGGCUGCGGAUGAGAGCACCAUCAGCUGGGGCCCAUCUCCAACCUUCGGUGAAUUGGGCUACGGCGAUCACAAGCCCAAGUCUUCCACCGCAGCCCAAGAAGUGAAAACCUUGGAUGGCAUUUACACAGAGCAGGUUGCCAUGGGCUACUCACAGUCCUUGGUGAUCCCAAGGGACGAGAGCGAGACUGAAAAAGAAAAGCUAAAAAAACUCCCUGAGUAUAAUCCUGGCACCCUCUCCUGA